AUGGUAUUCCUUAUUGAUUCUGGUUCUGAUAUUUCAUUGAUUCCUGCCGAUCACAAAACCAGAAAACGACCUGUCGAAUCCGUACUUUAUGCAGCGAACAGUUCGCUCAUAAAUGCGUAUAGUCAGCGUCGUCUUUCUUUAAAAAUUGGUCUUCGUCGAUCGGUUUCUUGGAAUUUUUGUAUAGCAUCGGUACCCUAUCCGAUAAUCGGGGCCGAUCUAUUAUCGGCACAUGGAUUAAAUAUCGAUCUUCGUAAUCGCAGAUUGAUUGACUCUCAGGACGGAGUUGAGACAAUCUGUGAUUUUAGAGUAGCUCCCUGUUGUGGGGUGAGUGUGGUUAACAUAUCAACAUCGUACUUGAAAAUUAUCGCAGAAUUUCCAUCAAUUACCGGUUUACCUCAAGCGGAUAAAAUAUUGUCGACCGGUGUAAUGCAUCAUAUCAUCACAAAUGGUUUACCCGUAGCGGAGAAAGCUUGCCGGUUAUCACCUGAAAAACUCAUUUAG